AAUCAACGGAAAGCACUUCAGAGUGUUUCCGGUGCAUCACCGGAAGAAGCUGUCAACAGUAACUUUGCGCAGAAACUUCUUAAAUCAGAUUAAUUUGAAUCAAUAAUAGUUUCUCUCCCCUCAAACAUCCCGCUGUGAGCUUGAACCCAUCGAUUAAAGUUGACAACGACUUCCUAUCCUGUCAAUAAUUUUUAUUUAAACGCCUCAUUCGGAGCCGAAGUUCUCCUGCUAGCUCGGCUAAGCUAGGCUAAGCUAGGCUAACCUCUCCAUGGCCCCUCUCCGGGUCCUGUGUGUUCACGGUUACCGACAGAACGGCGGCUCGUUCCGGGAGAAGACGGGAGCUCUGCGGAAGCUGCUGAAGAAACACGUGGAGCUGGUUUAUGUGAGCGCACCUCACAGUGUCCCUCAGGUCAGAGGAGAAGAAGCUCCAGAGAAGGAGAAUGGUUCAGGUCCUGGAGGUGACGAGGACUCCAGGGGUUGGUGGUUUUCUGACAUCCAGGCUCGGAGCUUCAGUGCUCAGCAGCAGUGUGAGGAAAGCCUCGGGCUGGACGAGAGUGUGACGCUUGUGAGGGAAGCCGUGAAAGUCCAGGGUCCGUUUGACGGCAUCCUGGGCUUUAGUCAGGGAGCAGCUUUCGUGGCCAUGCUGUGUUCUCUUCAGGAGCAAAAACUGGAGCCGGAGUUCAACUUCCGCUUCGCCGUCCUCGUCGCAGGUUUCCGCAGCGCAUGCAAGGAGCACCUAAGGUUCUACAGCACUCCCCUACAGAUCCCUUCCCUGCAUGUGUUUGGACUGGAGGACCGAGUCAUCCCUGACAACAUGAGCAGGGAGCUCCUCCCCUCCUUCCAACAGCCUCAGGUCCUGACGCAUCCUGGUGGCCAUUUUGUUCCUGCUGCAUCUGUUCAGAGGCAAACGUACCAGGACUUUCUAAAGAGUUUCCAGUGAGAAAAACAAUGUAUGAGUGAGACAGCAGCGCUUACAUAUUCACAGUGAAUGUGGAUUAUUUAAUGUUUAAAAUGACAGCUCAUGGUAACAAUUGAUUCCAAUUUGGGUUCAACAUCAUGACCUUUAGAUACCUACUGUCCUUCUCAGGGAAGAUGUCCUGUAACAGGCAAUAAAUAAGACGACAGCUGUUUAUGUCAUCUA